AUGAAAAAUACCACCAUUGAAAAUGAUAAAGGAAAGCGCUACGCCGUUAUUGCAAUUACCUCUUAUUUACUUCUGAUCGUUGGCUGGACCGAUGCUAUAUUCGGAAGUCUCAUUGAGCCACUAGAAGAGUGGUAUGACCUCACCGAACGCACUAUUUCACUUGCUUUUCUUUUCUACGUCGUUGGAAGUAUAACAUCCUCAUACCUUUCUUCAAUAUGUAUACAAAAGUUGGGUAUAAGGUGGUUCAUUAUAUCCAUGACUACCUUAUACUGUGCUGGGGCACUCAUUGAUGCCUUCAAGCCUAUAUUCCCAGCCUACGUAUUUGGUGUAUAUCUCAUGGGAGUCGGUACAGGGUCUAUGCAAACAUCUGCAACUGCAGUGCUUAGCCAUUUUGAAGAUGGUCCUUUGAUGACAUUGGUCUAUUCUAAUAUGGCUUUGGGAUCCGUUAUAUCUCCAUUCAUUAUUGGUGCCUUUUUGCAAUAUGAUAUUGGAUGGCACCACAAUUUCUGGAUCCUCGUUGGAUUUGCAGCAAUAUUGAUUAUAUCCUCUUGGUUUAUUUUCAAGAAUUUCGAUACCCACGAUACAGAGAAGGAUGACUAUACCCUACGGGAGAAAUUACGCAUUGUUUUACCUUCUAAGAAGCUCUGGAUUGGAUUGUUAGCAGAAGCUGGACUAUUGACUACACAAGACAGUUUUUCACAAUGGAUCGCUCCAUAUGUCAAAGAUCUCAAGGGAUUGAGUAACGGUCAACCACAAUAUACAGUUGCAGGCUUUUGGGGUGGAUUGAUGGUUGGUAGAUUAUUGCUGGCUCAUGGAUCAGCCAAAAUAGGUAAACGUAGAUCGUCAGUCACGAUGUAUAUAAUCCUAUGUGCUCUGAUAGCUGGACUAUGGAAGGUGAACAGUCUUGGUGGAACAGUGACUCUAGUUAUACUGAUAGGAUUCUUUUUCGGACCAUUGAUGCCAAACACGCUAUCUAUUGGUGUGGAAUGUUGGUCUAGAGAGUUGAAAAACGCAGCAACAUCAAUAAUUAUGGCUACCUCACUAUUUGGAUCACUGCUUGCACCAUUUGCGUUAUCACAAGCAGCCGAUGAGUUCUCGUUGAAGAUAUUCCCACCAGUCUUGAUAGUUGAAUGUUUCAUUACGGCGAUUAUCGUAUCGUUCACCUUCGUAACACGUCCUAUUAAAGAAGAAGAAGAUAUUUUAAAUUAUAAAUCCACCAAGCCAGAAUCAGUAAGGACGUCAACGGAUUUCGUAUCAGACACAAGCCCAAAGCUUAAGCAACCAGUUUAA